GAGUCUCUCUGCUUCUCUGUCUGCUGACAGGUAGGAAAUGCAAAUAGAGGCAGAGAGAGCUGCUGCCCGCUCUCAGUAGCCUAUAUCACACAUUUUCAAUCUUUGAAACCAUUUGCAUCCAGAGGGACUGAAACAAAGAGCUCUCCUCAUGACUUGAGCUGUGAGGUCUGAGCCCACACCAUAACCAUGAGUUUUCUUGGAAAACUGAAGAACCGUGGACCUCCAGCCCCUCCAAGGAGAACAGACAACAACGCAGGGUUUCAAUGGCCACAAGAUGAAUUUGAUGAUGAAGACGGGGACAUGUAUGAAGUUCCUCCCUGUGAGCGUCAGCCUGUCAAGGUCCCACAGACACAAGUGCAGGAAAACAUUUACUUAGAAAGGACAUCUCGCAAUGAAGUCCCCCCUCCUCCCAGACCGUCCAAAUCCUCGAUACCACAAAGCGCAGGAAAACCUCCAGAAAUAGACAGAAAUGAGAAGCCUGGAAGGAGAAAGAUGCCUGAUCCUCCAGCCCGCCCUGCUCCCGCGCCAGCUCCUUUACCUGAGGAAGAUGUUUAUCUGGAUCCAAAUGUGGAAGAGGAAGAUAGUGAUGACGUGUAUUUGGAGCCAGAAGCAUCCUGCCCUCCUGCCCCAAUCAGAGGGAUUUCAUCACCAAAGCUUCCUCCUCCAAAGCCCAUGAUGAAACCACCAGUACCAAGAGCUGUGACUCAACCAUCAUUUCCUGCUAUUCACGACUUGAAGACCUCUGAAGACAGACGUGCCAGUCUUCCCAGUCAGAAAGCGCUGCGAACCCGUGCUUCAAAUCCCUGUUUGCCUCCAGAUCUGGUACCACCCAAACCUAUACCUUCUUUCUCUCCAAUGGGAGACUACAAACCUGGGGGUGGCAGCAGACUGACAAAACUGUCUGGGAAUGAGGAUAAGGAAUGGUUUGCUGGAGACUGCAACAGACAGACAGCUGAGAGCCUCUUAAACAGAGUCAGGAAGGAUGGUGCCUUCCUCAUUCGCUACAGCUCUGACAAACGCCCUCAACAGCCGUACACCCUCGCUGUUCUCUACCAGCAGAAGGUCUACAACAUUCCCAUCCGUUUUAUCGAAGAAUCACAGGGAUACGCACUUGGAAAGGAGGGCAAGAAGAAUGAAGAGGUGUUUAGCAGUCUGGAUGAGAUGAUAUCUUAUCAUAAGAAUAACCAAAUACUUCUGAUUGACAGCAAGAGCCAGGCCAAGCACACAGCAAACCUAACACAGCCAGUGCGACUUUGAAACUACACUAAUGACAUGCUUUGUUGGAAUCUGAAAUAAGGCAAAAACUGGGACUUUUUUUUAUGAAAACAAUGAAAUUUAACUUGUGUUCUUUCCAUUUCUUUCUAUUUUGUUCAAGUUUGUUCAUAUUUUACUACUGUUGAUGGGUGUAAACACUACAAACACUAUGAUAAGAUAUUUUUGUGUUUUUUUUCUCCGUUUUCCAAGCUUUGCUACUGAUGUAUCCUAGUGAGUGUAGCUGGUCUCCUGGAUGGAACUGUAGAAGCUGGUGGCUCAACCUGCUUCCUCUCAUGGUGAAAAAAAAUCUCCUUUGGGUUCAAACCAUGAAUCUGUAACCUGGAGUAUCAGACGGUAGAACAACAAAUGUGUGGUAUUUACUUUUUUGUGCUUAAACAAAAAUAUUUUCAGUCUCACACCUCUCCUGUCAUCUACAAACGUGCUAAGAUUGAAUUAAUUGUAUCUUUAGAUGAAAAUCAGACUUUGCAAGCUUUUAAUCCAUUUUUCUUUUACAUAUUGCUUUGUUUGUGCAGAGCGUGCUGUAUAACAUGCAAAAACCUGUGCUGAUUUAGCAGUGAAAUUUGCAUGAAUAAGAUGUGCAAAAGAGAACAGAAUUACUUCCUGGAGUCAUUUAUGCAUUGGCAUGCGGGUGUGUGGUGUCUUGUACAAGAGCUUCACAGAGAUCUAAUAAUAAUAUGAACCUAAACCACAAUUCAGUAAACUGCAGCAGAGUUUUAUUAAGUUACAGAUAAUUUACCGGUAACUCAACCCCAGUAAAGUUGACUUUUAGGUCUGUAGAGGCCAAAAAAUAAAGAUAUUUUCACAUUUUUUCUUUAUUUAUAAGCUGUAUUGUAACUGAAGAAUUUUUGGAAAGAUUAUCAUUUAAAAAUGUUAACUAUUCAAAGUUAACUAUACUCUAU